AUGUCUACUUUGAAUAGGAACCAAACCAUAACCUUCAAUCCCAGCACCCAAACCAUAACCUUCAAUCCCACCACCUCAAAAUACACAGUUUACUUUGCAGGAAAAACCAUAGAAACAACAGUCACAGACAAAGCCAGCAUCAUAGACCAAUGGGUUAAUCAGAUUUUAACCAUUCACGCAGGAAACCCAACUGUUGUUGGCUUGGACAUAGAAUGGAGGCCACACUAUAACAGUUGGAUGAGCAACAAAUCCGCAACUCUCCAGCUUUGCAUUGAUGACAAGUGCCUGAUCGUUCAGCUCUUCUAUAUCGACAGCAUUCCGGACUCCCUCAAGAACUUCAUGAUGAAUCCGGAUUUCACCUUCGUAGGGAUUGAAGUAGGUGAUGAUAUAGAGAAGCUGAAGAACGAGUAUGAUCUUCCAUGCAGAAAAAGUGCAGACAUUCGAGAGAUGGCGAAGACACGUUGGCCGGGGAGGUUUAGAAGGCCAGGACUGAAAGAUCUAGCAUUGGAAAUUGUUGGUCUAAGCAUGAAGAAACCAAGGCAUGUCACCAUGAGUAAUUGGGAAGCAAGAGUGCUGAAUGAGGGUCAGAUUGAAUAUGCUUGCAUUGAUGCCUAUGCUUCCUAUAGGAUUGGAAAGGAGGUUGUUAGUUGA